CGCGGACAGCCCGUGGUUGUAUAUGGAUGCGCUAUAAACACCGAAGGACUCGCGCCGAAGUCGUCUUUCUUGUAGUUCUUCCUUUGCAGUUGCGCGCCUUUCUUUUAUCUUUUUGGCUUUUUUUCCCCAACUAUAUCUGAAUUUAUUCGCUGAACGCAUACUCUGCACACUCGUUUGGUCGUUUGGCCAUUCCCUUCGUUGAACAUACCAUCCCCGAGAUAUUGCCCGGCGUUCAGCUUCCCAGCAUGAUGGUAUAUCUGCUGCUCUUCUUGUCUGUUGUGAAUGUAAUUCCGGUGUCCUUUGCGAAAGAUGUCUACCAUGACUGGCAUAUAACUUGGGUGAAUGCUGCUCCAGAUCGACCUGGACAAGGGUGAUCGCCUUAUAAUUGACGUAUAUAAUGAUCUUGGAAACCAAUCUACGGGUAUCCACUGGCAUGGCCUCCACGAGUAUAUGACGGGGUAUAUGGAUGGCACUUCCGGGGUGACGCAGUGUCCAAUUCCCCCGGGGAGACAUAUGCGAUAUGAAGUCAAUGUCAACCAAGUCGGAACCUACUGGUAUCACUCCCAUAACAUGGGCCAGUACCCCGAUGGGCUCCGCGGCGCAAUUGUCGUCCACGACCCUGACACGCCCUUUGAAUACGACGAGGAGUACACCGUGACUCUGUCCGACUGGUACCACCGCCAGAUGGUCGACCUUCUCAACGAAUAUGAGUCUCCGCAGAACGAAAUCAACAACCGGGGGUUGGAACCACUCCCCGAUGCUGCCCUAAUCAACGACGCCAGCAACGUCACCUUCAAGGUCGAGCCCCUGAAAACCUACCUCUUCCGUAUCAUUGACCUGGGGAACUGGCCGGGCUUCGGAUUCGGAUUCAUCGGGCACAAUAUUACCGUGGUUGAGGUGGACGGUAUCUGGACAGACCCGUACGAGGUCCCCUAUGAUGAGUUCCUGCGCGUCGCAACUGGGCAGCGGAUGAGCGUCCUGGUCCAUACCCACGAGGAUACCAGCCAGAACUUUGCCUUCUGGACGACCAUGGACGUGAACAUGAUGUUCUUUAACGAGAAUCGCCCCAAGCCCGCCGGCUUCAACGAGAACGCGACUGCGUGGCUAGUCUAUGACGAGUCAAAACCACUUCCUGCAGCCCCCGUGUAUCAACCGGAAGAGCUAGUUUUCGUUGAUGAUUUGGCUCUUGUCCCGGCUGACCAUGAGCCUCUGCUGGAGCCAGUCAAUCACCGGAUCGUUAUGGAUUUCAACUCGGCGAACAUCGACGGGGUGCACCGCUGGGUCGUCAACAACAUCACCUACUUGACACCGGAAGUUCCCACGCUGUAUACCGCUCUGACGAUUGGAGAGCAGUAUAUAUUCAAUCAAGAGGUAUACGGACAGGUCAACCCUUACGUGCUCAAUUACGGCGAUGUGGUCGAGAUCAUUCUCAACGACUACGACAGCAACCUCCACCCGUGGCAUCUGCACGGGCAUCACUUCCAAGCCCUCCAACGGACAGAUCCCAACGGGGGAUACUUUGAUGGCUACUUCAGCAACAUCUCCAGCACGCCAAUCAAGCGAGAUACCUUGAUGGUUCAAAGCCACGGGCACUUUGUGAUUCGUUUCCGUGCCACCAAUCCUGGCAUUUGGCUGUUCCAUUGUCAUAUCGAGUUCCACGUCGAAUCUGGCAUGAUGACCACCAUCAUCGAAGCGCCGGACCACCUCCGUCGCAUGAAGAUCCCGUACGACCAUCUGGCCAUGUGCAACAGCUACCCGUUGCCCAGCAGAGGCAAUGCGGCGGGGAAUCAGGGUCUCAACCUGACUGGUCUGAAUACCGAAGUAGCGACAUCCGGUUAUGGAGCCUCCUAUGCCCCAACACCGGCACCGGCACCGGCACCUCGAGGAAUAGAGGUGCCGGUGUAGUCAACAUGGGUCGUCAUGAGAUUUUUGGGGUUUACGCAUGUCUUGGAUUGUUAUCGCCCUGAUGGGGCUGAGAGGAAUGGCUGCCUGUAGUCAGACUGCUGUUAUUUUCGGCUCGUUUAUGACAACGGAUCGUAAUAG